AGCCGCUUGGUCUCAGUCCCUCCCGGCCGCUCAGCUGUGCGUCAUACGUGCUGUCCGUCGAAGUACCCAACAAGUAUUUCAGAACUGCUUUGUUCGCUUGUCUUGCGCGAGUCGAGUACAACGGAUAGUAAAGAAUUGAAAAUAAAUAACACAAAACCAAAACCAGCAGGAAUAUCGUACUUUGUAUUAUGCUGUCUGCUAAGUGCAAAGAAUUAAACGUCUUUAAUACCACAAUCAUUGAAGGUUCGAAAGAUGCGUACAACGGCGUGACAAAUACAAGUAGCCACGGAGCACGCCGCUUUGUUGAUACGAGUUCAGUGAACGCCGCGAUAGGCUUCAGGCCCCGGAGGCCGCCUCGCCUUCUAUAGGCGGAUUUUCUUUUCUUUUUCCAACGAUUCAAAUUACCGAUCGAUCAGCUUGAAGCUAGUCGAGUUACCUCUCGAACCGAACAGAGCAUAAAAAGAAAAGCACAGUGAAAUCGGUAGGGAAGAAAAAACAAGUGAAAAAUACCAGUGUGUUAGGUAGCCUGCGUAAGAAACAGUGUUUAGUCAGUGUUUUGUGCAACGAGUGGAUCAAUCGAUGUGAUUAAAAAUCGUUGAUUUCGUUACUGUUGAGAAAAAUACACGCGUGUUUUAAAACGCCGAUAAACUCGAUUCUCAGCGUCGCUUUGUUCGCUCAAGCGUUUUGACAGUUCGAUCGCAAGCGCGACUCUCCAUCCAUAUUCUCCCCCCUCCCUCUCAUCGCAGCUUUUCGCGGUAAGAAUUGUUGAAUCGACGCGAGUCGGUGACGCAGCUUUCGCUCACUUUUCGAAUGUGGAAUGAUUUUUUAAUAUUCGAAGACAAAGAACGAGUCGCGAUUCUCGUGACAGUCGUGCAGAAUUAACUACCUACCGCGAGAGAGUUGUGCAUAAUACAGAUAAGAAACAGAAAUGUCAACAGGAAAGAGAUUGGCAAAGCGGAGCAUAAUUGGUACGCGUGUCUGCGCCCCGGGGGAAGACGGGAUGUAUUACAGCGGUGUUAUUCACGCCGUCAAGACGCCGGCUUCGAUGGCGGCGGAGCCGGGUCUCAGCAUAACGCCGAAGACCCGCUACUCCGUUAGAUUCGACGCCGUUUCACCAGGCGGCCGGCCGCCAAAUCCCAGCACGGAAUAUUCCGACAGCGAUUUAAUCGGCCCUGGAUUCGGGUCUGUCAACGGCGCCAAGCUUGUGCCGGGGCAGAAAGUCUACCUGACCUUCAACGGUAGGGAGAUACAGGCCGAGGUAACUCAGCAUCGGGAAAAUCUUGACGAGGUCGACGUUCUCAUCGCUCCGAGUGGACAGGAGGGCACGGUGACACUUACUAAACGUAUUGAGGAGGUCAGAUUGCUCGAGUCACGGAAGAGUGCUCGGCUCGCCGAUCAGGACACGGAUUUUGCUCGGCUCGCCGACAUGGCUGGGGAUCGUAAGAGAGCCUCUUCACACUCGAUCGACGUGCCCCACGUCAUAGGGUCGCGGAAGAGAAGGCCGAGCUCCGGCAAUGACUCUGAGAGAUCCUACGGAGGCGGUGAGAGGCCGUUACACGGAUGUGGACGCGAAGGAUGCCGGACAAACGAGAGGGGCGAUUGCAUGGACGAGUGUACCGCAGCCCUUGUUCUUAUGUCGCUUUCUUGUUCACCUCACAGCCCUCACAACCCUCUGCCGUUACACUGCCAGCACAACUACGGGUCAUGGGGAGGUCGUAGUGGCGUGGUCGUCGGAUCACCAGGAGCUGGGGGAGCUUCGAACAGCAGCAGCAGCGGCGCCUCCUGGCGGAGCGGAACUCCGAGUCCUCCGCUGAGCGACGAGGGCGCUCCAAUGACGCCGUCGCCGUGGCCAACCCCGGCAAUCCCCUCGUCAUCUCACCACCAUGCGAACACCCAGCACAACGCAAAUACUUCCGGUUCCUCAUCCUGCAGCACCCCGGGAUCUACGACAACUCUGGAUGAGGGGAUCGUCCUUGAUUAUCUAGGUGAACAGCAUCCGCGCAAGAAAAAGGCGCAUCGCAUGGUCUUCCAAUGCACCUGGCCGGGAUGUCUUGAUAUCCAAACGACCUGUGCUGCCAUCGAGGAACACGUACGAAAACUACAUCUAGGCCCCAAGGAAAAGCAAAAUGGAGACGACAAUGAAGAUGAUGAUAUGUCGAAUCACGAGGAAGAAUUUUACUACACAGAAGUCGCCCUCGGAUGCCACACAAGCUCUCCACCUACCAUGUCACAUCGGGACAUGGCACGUCCUCCCCAUGAAGAUCCAGAGUAUCAAAAACAAUUGCGUCUAGAGGCAGUCCCAGUUGAAAACACUACAAUGCCUAUCAAAGACAGGAGCAACACGUUCAAUGUUACUCCUUCUCCGAGUUCUCCUAUAAAGCACAUAAAGUUAUCGCCAAGGACUCUGCCCUCUUACAUGCCGAACAACGGACUUUUGGCCGUGUCUAAUAAAAUGCCAGCUUCUCCUCGCCGGAUGCGCGGAGAGACGAAAAAAUGCCGCAAGGUGUACGGAAUGGAUCAUCGUGAGCUCUGGUGCACACAGUGCAAGUGGAAAAAGGCUUGUAGCCGCUUUGGCGAUUAGGUUUACACUUACUUGCCACGAAUAACUGGUCUCCAGACAUGUCUUAUUGACCCCAAAGUUUGCCAAUGUUAGGUUCGGCAUGACUGAACUUCCUUCCAAAGACUAACUCUAUAUAUUGACUUAAAGACAUUAUACUGUCAGGUACAGAGCAAUUACAGAAAAGUAUUCUAUUUAUAUUAUUUUAACAGGUGGUGAAGUCAAUUCUCGAUUUUCAUCAGAAAAUAUCACACCGUUUUAUAUAUGUGAACCAAGUUUUAUUAAUCCCAUGACGGAUUGUAGUCGUCUCGAGGCUGGUCCUCUCGCAUCGCUUUUACUGAAACGGCUUUUUCAGUUUCACCAUUUAAUUUGUACAUAGUUAGACCUAAUUCGAUUAAAUUUUAGCCUAGCAGAAUCACUGCUACUAUUUUCACACGAUCGCGUGUAGGUAUAAAAUAAAUGAUAUCGAAUUAAUUGAUAUCAAAAAAAUAUGGAUCAAAAUCUAUACAGCUGGUCUUGAAAAAAUUCUCUAACAAACUUUUACAAUAUAUAUGUAUAU